GUCCCCUGUCCUUUGUGGCCCCUUCUGUCCCCCAGUGAGCAUUGUCGAGUUGAAGUGUGAUUUCUAUACCCGGUUUUUCUUCCCUGUUGCGCCAUUAGCUCUAUUGAAAGGGCUCACUUUCCAAGAUCAUGGCUCAGCACAUCAUGGGCAUCGAACAUGGGAAGGGCUGAGAGAAGAACCAUAACUAGGGUGAAUCAGCUGGGCCUUUGCCCUAGAUCUGCUGAAUUGAGAGGGCUCUGUGGCAGCAUUUGCAUUCCUUCAGCACAGAGAAAGGUAAAGCUCAGCCCUUUGUUAUCAAAAUUCAUUGAAAAUAGGAAAAUACUGGAUGACCGGUUCCGGGGAGCUCUUGCCCCUCCCCGCCCACCUCCCUUGAAGGGAUAUCGGGGGACCUCCGUGUACCCCUACUCAUCCCAACUAAGAUGUGUUUUGUUUCACUUUUCCCAGGCCCGAGUUUUGGUACUCGUCCUGGGUGGUAAAACUCCUAGUUAUGGCUCCGAAUGAGAAUGGAUGAAUGAGAGGAUGGAAAAAGACUGUUUCUCCUUAGCUUAUCACAAAGAGGCUGCUAAAGUAGGCAGGGGAAGCUGCAGAGGGGUCCUGGGCAUUCUCUCUUUGGCUCUCGAGGGUGAAGAAGCCAGCCUGGGCCCCCCCCCAGGCCCCACCGAGAAGCCCUCGGUCCACCCGGCCUUCUGGAGAGCUGGCGGGUCGAAUGGCGGAGCCUCCCCAGCGCUCCGGUGACCGCGGCGUCCUUGCCGAUCACGUGGCCUCCCCGCACCCUUGGCUCGGCAUCUCCAAGGCUCACUUAGUGCUCUUCUUCCCUAGCUGCCUCCAACUUGGGUCUGGAGAAUAAGAAAUCUGCUACCCACCCCAAGUCACCAUGGCAACAGCCAGUGAAUGUGUUCCUCUCCUCCAGCCGGCCCCCAGGUGUGGAGGAGCUGCAUCAGGAAGCUCAGCUUAAUCUCCAGAGCUUGCUGCAAGAAGAAUAUGAGGAACAAUACUCAGAAGCCAAGAUUUCUGGGCAGACCUUCCGCACUGCGGCCCCCGGCGACCCCCCGGAGCCCACGAACAGCUCAAGGCCACAGGCUGCCAGGCGGCUGGAGUUUGUGUUGAUGCCCACGAGCCGACGAGGGAACGGAGACAAGACCACCACCCAGGGGGUGCGGCCCCCCGAGUCCUCCCUGAGCCUGCCCUCCUCUCCAGAUAAGCCAAACACCUGGAGCAGACCCUUCCCUCUGCCCAUCCUGGAGGAGAAGAGGUGGCACCCGGCGUGUUCCACCCAAGGCAGCAUCGUGCCCAUCAACGUCUCCGGACAACAGUUUGAUAAACACGCCAGUUUGCGACACUCCUUGUUUAACACGGAGACCGCAGUGAACCCCAAGUCUACCCUGAGGCGGCGACGCACCAUUAUUGGCUUCCCUCAUCUUUCCUUGCGAGACCAAGGUCGAAGCAACGGGCAAGUGUACUCUGCUGCUAAAGAGUCUGCCUCCUGGAGCACAGCUCCCGAAGUGGCCAACGGAAGAGGGCCGGCCGGCCAUGAAAUAUGUUCCCCGAAGUUGAUUUCUCCAGCGCUGAGAAAGGCGCCCAGUGACCUAGGAGAGUCUUGCCCAGCACAGGGUGGCCCGGUUUCACCCAGCAUGGAGGGCAUGGGGAUGGUGUACAGCGUCCCCUCUUCCUGCAAUGGACCAAAGGAUUCCACGUUCUCUCCUCCAUGGAAAGGAAAUUGCUUUAAUUAUGCGAGCCCCUCCAGCCCUGCCCCUGGAGACUGCGGUCAGGUCAAAGAAAAUGGGAAAUAUCCUUCGGCCUGUGUUCCUAAGGGCCCUCUGAAUGCCCUCAGCCCCGAGAACUUGGGGGACAGCAGCUCCGUUCUGCUCGCUCAGGAUGACCAGGCGGGGAGCGGCGGAGCGGCCUGCUGCCCCAGGUUCCCCGCUCCAAGAAGCCGAGAGCCAGAGAAGGACUAUAAAGGGGGGGCCCUUGCUGGUAGUAAGCUGGGGGAAGGGGGGCCCUCGAGGAUAGAGUCAGACCCAAGUGCCUGUAGAUUCCGAGAGAGGUCGCUGUCCGUGCCCACGGACUCAGGCUCCGUGUGCUCAGUGGACGGUGGCUGUGCAGAGGACCAGCAGGGCAGUGAAGCCAGCACCCUGGCCUACCCCAGCGCCAGCUCAGAAGGCAGCGCCAGUACGGACAAUGUCUCUUCCAUCGGAGCCGAGCCCAGACCGAGAAGGUCCAAGAGCAUCUCCCUGAAAAAGGCCAAAAAGAAGCCUUUGCCCCCGAUGCGCAGCGUCUCCCUGGUCAAAGACGAGGCCGUCCUCCAGAAGGAAGCCGGGCCGGCCUUGGCCAAGGACCAGAGGCCCAGGAGCCUUUGCCUCCCCCUUGAACACCAGGGACGUCACUUUUCCUCCACGGAUGCUCAGGGCCACCCAGCUGUGCCUCUUCUACGGGAGACAGAAGGCCCCCACUUCUCCCACCACUGGUAUCUCCCCGACUGGAAGUCCAGCGACCCCUACCGCUCCCUGUCCAGCUCCAGCACCGCCACCGGGACCACAGUGAUUGAGUGCGUGCAAGUGAGGGGCAGCUCCGAGUCUCUGACUUCCCCUUCCACCUCCAGGGCCACCACGCCCUCCCAGCUCUCCACCGAGACCGAAGCCCGGGAAGUGUCGUCCCCCGGGCGGCCGACGGGACUGAUGUCGCCUUCCAGCGGCUACUCCAGUCAGUCUGAGACCCCCACCCCCACAGUUCCCGGCACAUCCACGACGCUGGGUCAUUUACCUCACACGGGCGGCGGUGGCCGGGUCCGACCGGUGGUCCCGGAGAGGAAGUCGUCCUUGCCUCCGACAUCACCGAUGGAGAAGAGUCCCAAGUCGCAGCUGUCAUUUGACCUCCCACUGACCCCUCCGGCCCUCCUGGAUGCGUCAGGGAUGAAGAUUUCCCUGCGGGGCAAAGCUAAGGUGAGCCGCCAUCAUUCAGACUCCACCUUUGGAGCAAAGCUGGCCCAGAAGACCAGCCCCAACCAGCCCAUAAUGCCCGUGGUCACCCAGUCUGACCUGCGCUCCGUCCGACUGAGGUCAAUCAGCAAGUCGGAGCCAGAAGAUGACGUGGAGAGCCCGGAUCCAGUGGAGGAGACCAGCCUGGAAGUCUUCACUCUGCCGGAGCGAAAGGUAAAGCCCCCGGUGGCCGAGAAGCCCCCGGUGGCCGAGAAGCCCCCGGUGGCCGAGAAGCCCCCGGUGGCCGAGAAGCCCCCGGUGGCCGAAAAGCCCCCGGUGGCCAAAAGGCCCCAGAGCCUAGUUCCCAAGGAGCCUCUCCCAACUUCCCCCACCUUGCUCCUGACUACUGAGAACACAAGCGGCCAGACCAGGCCCUCCCCUCAGGAUAUCUACAUGGUUGUACGGAAACCAAAGGCUCUCAGAACCCCAAAUAGCCAGAGCCCAGUGGCAGGGACCCUGGACGAGGAGCGCCCCAAGAUGAGGUCCCUCCCAGAGAGGGUCAGCGUCCAGAGCGUGAGCGAGGCGGAGAGAAGGAGAAGCAAGAUUCCCCCUCCGGUGCCGAAGAAGCCUAGCGUGCUGCACCUGCCAACAGCCUUGCCCCUGCCUCAGCCGGGGGCCAACGCGGGUGAGCCAAAGCUGGCUCCCAGUCCCAUCAUCACCCUGGAUGAAGACGUCAACUCGCAGCUGAGCCCCAACGGCUUACGGGCUGCUGAUACCAAGGAGGAGCCCUCUAAGCCACCAUCCGACAGUGGGAUCGAGGCAAGCCUUCCAGGAAGUGGCCUGGAACAGAGCACUGAAGAAAAACGUUUUGCGAGUGACAAGACGGCAGAAUCCAUCGCGGAAGAUGAUGAUGAUGUGUUUGUGACAUCUCGCACAACUGAGGACUUAUUCACAGUCAUUCACAGAUCUAAGAGGAAGCUGCUUGGCUGGAAGGAGCCCGGCGAGGCCUUCGCCAGCGGCAGACUCAGUUCCCAUCCGAUGGCCAAGAACCCGGCUGCUCCGCCAGCCAGCGAGGCUGCCUCCACAGGCGGUUGUGGCGGCGGCGGCAAUCGAACCACCAGCAGAAAUGAAGAUUUUAAGGCUCUACUCCAAAAGAAAGGGAGCAAGAGUAGCGUGGGCUCCCGGCCGUCAGCGGCGGAGCUGCUCAAGACCACCAAUCCCCUGGCGCGCCGAGUCGUCACGGAGUUUGCCGAGGAGCAAGACAGCAGCAAUGUGCCCGGUACCUAAGCAGCUCUAAGAUGGCUGUGGGGAUGGGAAGCCAGGAAAGACUUCUGAAAGGCAACCGUGAAAAAGAUGAAAAUGACCGACGGAACAUUGACGGCGACCUGACAUUAACUUAGAACCUGGACUAUCUGGACUUUGGGGGAAAUGUCUCCAGCCUUCUUCAUCUUGAGCUCGGACUAGCAAAAUUGUGAUGAACUCCCAACAUCUGCGGUCUGAUUCUUCCAGUUCUGUCAUUAUUGACCAUUGAUGAUCCCCUAGUGUUUCUGUCUUUUGAGCAAGGGCACAGGCCCCAUGUGGGAGACUCAUGGACGACCUCUUCUCCCACGAGGCUCAUUUCUUGACAUGGAGCUGAUUUGGCGGAAGGCUCCACAGAAGAGGCUGUCCAGUCUGGCCACGAGCGGUGGGCGGCGGGGUUCCUUCCAUUUCCCCAUCGUGCUCUAACGCUCUCCUCGCUAGCGUGGAGAUGCCAGAAGGACUGACUUCUUUGGGGCCUCCCUGUGAAUCCUCCCCGCUGGAGUCGGGUUCAAUAACGAAAAUCGUGGAUGUCGUUCCUCUCUCCUUCAAUGUCCUAUCUUUUUCGGAUUGCUUUUCUAUACGGAGAUCAGGGUGAUGAGACCAAACAAAUCUCUAUAUUUUGGUUUGGGCCCAGACGGCCAACUAGGGUCGCUUCCAUUUGGAUCGCUUUGGAGGAACCAAGCUUGUCUGAAGUGGCGACCGUUGGUUCCUUCAAAGCGCCUCUCUAGGACGGCUCGAUGCCAUUUCAGACGUUGGUCCCCAGUGACAGCAAGGGACAGCUAGGAUCUGUGCCGAAAUCCAGUGAGCGCACUGGAAGUCCCUGCUAAUGCUGCAUCCGCUUUCAUUUACAGAAAAUUAAAAGGGUAGAGGUGGAAGGAAGGAAGUGAAAGGACGCCAACAUAAAUGAAGAUAAGAGAUACAGUCCACUUGCCCAAGACCAUUCAGUUUUUAUUAUGAUAUUAAAAAAAAGAUAAAGAUGCUGCUCAGAAAACAAAUUUUAGGGAGAGGGAAUAUUAAAGCAACACGAUGCUGAUCUAAAGGGAGCGUUCCUAUUUUAGUCGAGUAUUUUUGCUAAUUCAGUGUUAUGUGUCCUUGUUUCCAAGGGUGGUCAGCACCCUUGAGGUUCUGGUAUCCUGGCCCUAAGCCCCAGUUGCCUUGCCCUAGUUCUGAACAAAUAACAUUUCUGGCUGGUGACGACCAUAUGGGGAAAAGGCAGUUGGGGCCCGUGGCUAGGGAAGAAACAAGAAGAAGACAAGGGGGAGAAGCAGCAGCUGGACAAUGUUUUAGAGUGAGGCGGGUAUCGCCUUCCCCAUGGACAAGUGUUCAACAGAAGUACUGCAAACCCUAAAUGGCCUCCCAGCAGACACAACCUUCUUCCUGCUCCGUGGCAGAUGAACAGGCCACGCUACUUGUCUGAUGGGAUCCCCCGUGGUCGCAUCACUCUGGAUCCCUCCAUCUAUGGAGCCUCUCCUGCCACCGCACUAUCACUGGAUGAAGGGAAGCUCCUCGAUGAGAGAGAGAAAAGCCCACUCCCUGUGACGGCCCAAAGGCCUCAGCUACACAACCGGAUUGAACCCUCGAUGCCGCCUUGUCCUAGGGAGGCGCCAGGCCCGCCUCUCUCGGUCCCUGACGAGGGACGGAGAGCAGAACCGAUUCCGGCAGACGGAGGGCUGACUCGGUAGGCGAGGGUGCCCACCACACAGCAGGCACACACCCCCAAGUUAUGUGGGGCUUGAUGAGGGUGAGCCCUGUGAUUCCCGACCCAAUACGAAGCACCCCUAGGACACUUUGGCCAUCUGAGCGGCUCUGUGUGGCCUCCAGCCUGGCAGACUCGACUCCCCCUCUCCCAGUCUCUCUAGUGGGGGUGGUUUGGCCUUUAGUAACUGGAGAAAAGCGACUGUGGGUGGUGCAGAUUUGUAACGGCUUCUCUCUCUCUCCAGCCCCAAGCUCCAACUGGGGAACUGCCUCUGGCGCCAACUUGUGGGCGCUCGAGGAACACAGAUAUCCUGGCGUGGUUGUGGCCCUUCGUAUCUUUGGCUCCCACAUCCUGGGCUCAGAGCCGGGGCCCUGGCUUAGAAUGCUGGUUCUGCUGCCUCCUGCUUGUGCAAAGCCUUCCCCUCCUCUGCAAAAGGCAGGGCUCCAGCUAGCUCGAAGCCCACGCUUUCUUGACUUACUAGGACUGGUCAUUGCAACAACUCCCGUUUCUUUGGGGUAGUGGGUGAGCCAUUGUUUCACUGGCUCCUCAUAGCACCACUGGGAAGAAGGUUAGUGCAAAUAGGAUCACACACACACACGCACACACACACGCACGCAAGCGCGCGUGCGCGCACACACAC